CAGAACCUAAACAAACAUUUAUUUGGGAAUGCUAUAACGAUGAAGAAUGUGGAUCAGAAAGAGCUUGCAUCGAUCGGACAUGUAUUAAUCCUUGUCUGAAAUCAUGCGGCAUUGGAGCACUAUGUCGUGUCAUCGAUCAUAAACCACUCUGCACUUGUCCCAGAGGAUAUUCAGGCGAUGCUUUAGAGCGCUGCGUUCCUCCUUCAGAAAAAUCAACUAUACCAGUCGGAUGCAAAGCAAAUUCGGAAUGUCCAUUAUCGCAGGCUUGUGUGAACGGCGCAUGCGCUGACCCGUGUGCUUGUGGUUCAAAUGCAGAAUGCUCAGUCGUACGCCACCAUCCCGUAUGCUUCUGUACAAGCGGUUAUUCAGGAAAUCCUUAUAUUGGAUGCACCAAAGUUGGCUGCUCUUCCGAUUCAGAAUGUCCUGACAAAGACACUUGUUAUAGUGGAGUUUGUAUCAACCCCUGAUCGAUGCUCCUUGUGCUAUAAGCGCUGAAUGUUAUGGAAAAUCACACCGUCCUAACUGCCGUUGCCCAAUAGGAACAUUAGGUAACCCGUAUACUAGAUGUCAACCUGCAGAAUGCGAAAUAAACAACGACUGUGAUGACAAAAGUAUUUGCGUUAAAGCGAGUUUGUCGUAACGCCUGUUCGGUAGAAGGUCAAAAUCCUUGCGCAAGUAAUGCAGAAUGUUUUGCUCGAAAUCACGCUGCUUCUUGUAAAUGCCCACCAAGUCUUCCUGCGGGAGACCCAUUGGUCUAUUGUGAGAAAGUAAACGUGUUUGAAGGACCUGAAUGCCGAAUGGAUGGCGAAUGUCCAAGUGGACAUGCUUGUCUAAGAGACGAAUGCCGUGAAGCUUGCACUGAAUUGAAACCCUGCACUGGAAAUUCGCGUUGUACUGUAUCUGAUAGCAUACCAUUCCGCACUUUAAUAUGCCGCUGCCCCGAAGGAUUUGUACCCGACGAAGCAGGAACCUGCAAACCAGCACAAUUACCACCAUUAAGUUGUUCAUCAGAUGGAGACUGCAAUGAAAAAGAAUCAUGCGUUGAUAGAAUAUGCCGAAACCCAUGUAACUGUGGGGACAAUGCAGAAUGUAUUGUUAAUGAUCAUAGACCGAUCUGUUCAUGCCGAGAUGGCUACGAAGGAGACCCAUACCGAAGCUGCCGCAUCGUUGGAUGCCGAACAGACACAGAAUGUGAAUCUCACUAUGCAUGCAUCAAUGGAAACUGCAUCAGUCCUUGUUUGUUAAACAGCACGUGUGGAUCUAAUGCUGAUUGUUACGUACAAAGAAAUCAGCCAUUAUGCAGAUGCCGUUCAGGAUUCGAAGGGGACCCUUAUGUAGGAUGUAACUCCAUAGAGUGUAGAUCAAACGGUGACUGUCCAUAUGACAAGCAAUGCCGUGCUCAUAGAUGUAUUAACCCAUGCUACAAUGACAACACGUGUGGCACACGAGCUACAUGCUUGGUCAGAAAUCAUAUACCAGUAUGCAAAUGUGAACCAGGUUUCAUAGGAAGUCCGUACAUAGAGUGCAAACCGCAAACUACAACUGAAUGUUAUAUUGACGCUGACUGCCCAUCUAGACAAGCUUGUUUAUCAUCAAAAUGUGUAAAUCCAUGUAUUGAAUUGAAACCUUGCACUACACCCGCUACCUGUGAAGUAUCGCCUACGUUGCCCGUACGGACUAUGCUCUGCACGUGUCCUCCAGGCUAUGUUAGCAACGGUGGAGGAAUUUGUCGACUAGUAACACUUACGAAUGACGUUUGUGAAACAGACCAUAACUGCACCUCAGAUCAUGCCUGCCAAUCUUCCAUUUGCCAAAAUCCAUGCAACUGCGGACCUAACACUGAGUGUCUAAUAAAAGAACAUAAACCAGUAUGCGCAUGUCGACCAGGUUUUAUAGGCGAUCCAUCUGCUGGUUGUUACGAAAUUCUAUGUCAAUCAGAUUCACAUUGCUCAGAUGACGAAUCAUGUAUAAACAACCGCUGUGUGCCGGCUUGUUCAGUAACCAGCGAUGAAUGUGGACAAUCUGCUGAAUGUUACGGAAUUAAUCACCGUUCUUCAUGUCGCUGCUUACCUGGUACUGUUGGCAAUCCUUCUAUCGCAUGCACACCCAUCGGAUGCCGUUCUAAUUCCGAUUGCCCUUCAGAUAGGUCAUGCAUUAACUCGAAAUGUGUAAACCCAUGUACAUCCACAUCAUGCACAGAACCGGCAGAAUGUAAAGUGCUUCUACAUGGAGCACUUUGUAUUUGUCCGCCGUCCUAUGAAAACACCGAAAACGGGUGCGUUCCAUAUACAACAACGCAAUGUAUCAGUGACAGUGACUGUCCUUCAAGAACUGCGUGUCUCAACCAUAAAUGUGUUAACCCAUGUCUAGAAAUAAAACCAUGUGGCAUAAAUGCAGAAUGUAAAGUUGUGGAUACCAGUCCAGUUAGAACUAUGAUAUGUGAAUGUCGAGCGGGUUACAGAGGAAACGCAUUACUCGAAUGCAAGCCCAACAGAGCCAUACCACAAUGUGUAGCCGGCCAAGGUGUUGAUAUAAAUGGUGACUGUAUACCCUGCCUUUAUGAAGACGGUCGAGUAGUUGAUGCGCGCGGACGUUGCGUAUGUGACUCGGAACGUGGAUUUAUUACCCGAGGCGAAAUUUGCGUAGUCGGAGGUUGCCGCACCGAUGACAACUGUAAUGACCGUUCUCGCUGUAUUAACGGACACUGCGUUGAUGCUUGUAAAGCAGAGCCAUGCGGCAUUAAUGCGACUUGUGAUGCAGUCGAUCACCGCUCCCAUUGUACUUGCGUUGCUGGCUACACCGGCAACCCGAGAGUUCAAUGCAAUAGCCCACCGACCAUGUAUCGCACUGACUUCCCGACACCAGAUAUACAGGUGGAAUGCUUAGCCGACGGAGUGCGUGUUCGACUGAAGAUCAAAGACUUCAACGGAUUACUAUAUGUAAAGAGCUACAGUAAGGAUGAGCGCUGUCGUAAAGCUGUGGAAAUGCCUAAAGAUGAAGAUAAUAACUUCGUUUUCUUUACCGUACACUUUGGUGAUUGCGGCUUAGUACAUGUCAAUGGUUUGGCAAGCUUCGUUCUCGUCAUGCAGACACACUUGAAAUUAGUAACAUCAACUACGAAAGCUUUCCAUAUUAAAUGUAUCUACAAAACUGGCGAGCAAAACGUAACGCUUGCGUUCAACGUGUCCAUGCUCACAACGGCCGGCACUAUCGCCAACACCGGACCGCCACCCACCUGCUCCAUGAGAAUAGUAUCCCGCUCCGGUGAUCAAGUUAGCUCGGCUGAAAUUGGAGAAAAUCUCAUCUUGCAAGUCGAUGUUCAACCAUCCAGCAUUUACGGUGGAUUUGCGAGAAGUUGUAUCGCUAAGACAAGCGAGGUAUCGACAAAUGUUGAGAAUGAGUAUCAAGUCACGGACGCCGAUGGUUGUGCCACGGAUACAGCUAUUUUCGGCGAGUGGGAACGAAGCGAAGAUGGUAGCGCGUUGCGUGCUUCGUUUAACGCUUUCAAGUUCCCGAGUAGCGACAACAUACGAUUCCAAUGCAACAUAAGAGUGUGCUUCGGAAAAUGUCAACCGGUUAAUUGCCGCGGUUCAGAUGCUUUUGGUAAACGAAAGAAACGAGAAGCGAUCGAAAGCGAUGUCGCGUCGAUAAGUGAAGGACAACUUCGCGAGGAGGUGACUGUGGAGUCGAAUCAGAUUUUGACUCUUGAGCGACGCGACGCCUCUCGAGUGGCCCGACAGCGGGACGGAUCCGGAGCUGAAGGAACGAGCGGGUCGGCCGGCGGCGAGGUGUGUGUGUCGGCGGCCGGACUGGCGGUCGCGCUGGCGCUCACUGCCCUGCUCGCACUAGUCGCCGUCGCGGCUGCGGUCGCCUGCUGGCUGGUGGCGUGGAGGCGGGCGCGCCCGCCGCCCGCUCCUCUGCCGCACCCGCCGGACUUCCCGAACCCGCUGUUCCAGCGCUGAUACGCGGCGCGCCAGCCUAGUCCCGUGCCCCGCUCCUCCGUCGGCGCCGGGCGGUGUCGGCUCCUUCCUUCUAAUUUACUUAACUUUAAUCUGUGCGCGCCGCCGGAGGACCGCCGGGCGAGGGCGUCGUAAGCGCCGCACGCCUCUCAGGCGAGCCCCUCGCUUGCGCUCACUGCGCCCUCUUAAAAUUUGUAUCUUUUUUACUUUAGGAUAUUUUUGACAUUACUAAUGUGGAAUAGUCGCCUCCUUCGAAUUUUGUGAUAUUCAUAAUAUAAAUAUUCGAAAUCAUCAUGAUUUUAUGUAAAAUAAUUUUGAUAAUGUUCUAAAUAUAAGCCAUU